CCUCCGGCUCUGUUUCAGACAUGUCUGAUGUUGAAGAGUUGUGGCUCAGCCUACCGGGUGGGGCAUAUACGUUUCCCCGGCCGUAUAUCCACACUACAAUCCUCUCUAACGAUGAGAGUAUGCACGAGGUCAAAAUGGAUGUUCUUGACGUUGCAAGAUCAUGGCUCAACUCUUGCAUUGAAUCGCACCGUAGGUGCAAACACGAUAGACCGCCGAAGUUGCCUACUAGGCUUUUAUCGAUCGCUGGUGAACCACCAAAACUGGUCCUUACAAAGGGCUGGGAAGAUCGGCCUCAAUACAGCACUCUAAGUCAUUGUUGGGGCCAAGAGCCUUUUCUCAAAAUGACCGCGUGUAGUUAUCAGCAAUUCAUGCGGGGUAUCCCGAUGGGAGACCUACCAAAAACAUUUCAGGACGCCAUUCACAUCUCCAGAAGUCUUCAUGUUGAAUACAUCUGGAUCGACUCCCUGUGUAUCAUUCAAGACGAUCCCCAGGAUUGGGGACGUGAAGCAAGCUCUAUGGGUGCCGUAUACGGUGGCUCUCAUAUCAAUAUUGCCGCUACCAGCUCCAAAAACCCCCACGGGGGCCUAUUCACGCAGCCAAAAGAGUACAUUGACGGACUAAGAACCCACGUCGUUGUAUCUGGUCAAAGUGUACCUCGAGAAUUUCGAGAUUUUGAUCUAUAUAGCCACCAUGUUACUGGUUCACAUCUAGCAACCCGUGCAUGGACGCUACAGGAAAAGCUCUUGCCACCUCGAACCCUGCAUAUUGGAGACCGUGGAGCCUUUUGGGAAUGCGAAUCUCGAACCGCGAGUCAAUGCCUACCAUAUGCUUACCCAUCCCCUGAAAUCAGUGAGAAUUCACGCCUGAAAGGUCUUGCCUCUAAGCACACUGAUUUGGUGUCCGCCUGGAGCUCGAUUGUGAAGAUUUACUCGGCAGCGAAUCUGACAUUUACGAAAGACAAACUUCCCGCUCUAUCGGGUAUUGCCAGAUGGUUCCAUGACAAGUGUGGAGACGAAUAUCUUGUAGGACUCUGGAGAAAUUCCGAGAUAGCAUAUCAGCUGUGUUGGCAGGCGCAGGACCCAGGGAGUCGCUCUGAACGUUUACCAAGCUGGUCUUGGACCUCUGUUGACGGCCCAGUUGACUAUCCCGACUAUUACUACCCAGACUCGGGCAUUUUCCGCACUUUUGUCUCCGGGGUAGACUUGAAGUUUGCAACAGAUGACAUCUUUGGAGAUGGUACUGAAGGAGCGCUCCGGAUUAAUUGUCUUGGUCUUUUGGCUGGGAAACUUCCCGGACAAAAUAUCGCAAGCGUCGAAAUCGAUAUCUGCGAAAAGUGGGGCUUGUUAGUCCAUCAUGACUUCUGGGGCGAGCAAUCUGAGGAUAAGGAGCAAACGGUUUUCCUUUUACCGAUGCGAUAUUUCUCUAUCAAUAUCAGAUAUAAAGACCAAACAGAGUGGGUUAAGGUACCCAAGAUAGUUGGUAUAGUUCUGCGAAGUCUCGCGGGACAGAAGAGAUUAGAGCGAAUCGGAUAUUUUCAAUUAACAUCGACCAUUAAGAAUGAAGGAGAAAAAGACGAUCGGUUUCAGUCAUUCUUGGAUACAUACAAGAAAGAAGGACAUCUAGCUGCUGCCGAAGUGUGCGAGGGUUCUUUUGAGGAUAGCGAGUAUCCGAACGAGGAGCAUCCGCAUCCUUGGUAUACGUUACAUAUCGUUUGA